UUCAACUUUCCCAUCUACAAUCGAAUUGAAUAAUCAAAAUAUUUCAUGUUUAUGGAGUUAUUUACACGACGACGAAAGCAAAAUUUCAACUCAAUACGCAAUUUAUUCAUUGUACACAUCAGAGUUAAGAGGGAAAAGAAGUGAGGAAAAAAAACAAACAAAAUGGGAGUCUGUAGUGCAGAAGGAUGUCAAAAUAAAAGUUACAAAGACUGUAUGCUCUCAUUUCAUAGUUUUCCACUAGAGGACCCUAUCAGAUUAAAAAAAUGGCUCCAAGCAAUAAACAAGGAAAGUUGGACACCCAAAAAGGAGCAUCGCGUUUGCAGUAUUCAUUUUCAGCCAGAUGAUUUUCGAAGCAGUGGGAAACGAAAGAGACUUCGAAAGGAGGCAAUUCCGUGUCUUAAUUUACAACCAACUGGCGUGGAUAAUACCGCAGAAAUGACAACAAGUUCAAGUGUAAAGACAAAUAAAAGUGAGACUAUUAUCUGCACAACAACUGAAAACGAUGAUAAGAAUAAUAUAUUGAAACUAGAUUUUUCCAAUUUAGUGAUUAAAAAAGAAACGGAUGUAACGCCAAUAAAGCAAGUAACGAGCGAAAAGCAAAAAAUAAUAAAACAAGAGGUGAAAAAUAUAAUGGCAGUCAAUCUUUUGCGUAAUGUCAAAACAAAGGGGAACGUGAAAAUGAUUCUCUGCAAACGUGGUCCAAAUCUCGAUGCUGGAACAAGUGGAAGUUCAAAGAUUACUCAAAAUAUCACAACAGACACAAAAAUGAUAUUACCGACAAUGAAAUUAAAUUCAAAGCAAGAAAUCAUGAGACUAAGAACAAGUAAUGAAGAACUUUUGAAGAAAGUUAAAAAUCUGGAGAAAUUGGUGACAAUUAAUGAUAAACUUACAGAAAGAGUCAAGUACCUAGAGAAAUUAGUACAAGAUUUACAAACAAAAAAUAAAGUGGAAACCAAAAAUGAUGAGAUAUCGACUGAUCAAAAGCUAAAAGGCCAAAUCGUUGGAAUUCCGAGAACCGAAUUUUCCGUUUAUUCACUACAAAAAUACGUUGACAGUGAUCAUUGUUACAGUAGUUCACCAAAAACAUUAAAACGAAAGAUAUUGACAGGUUUGGAGGGUUUACGUGAGAAAAAAAAGAAAGUUAACACUUGGCAAAGACGUAUCUCAAGAACGGCCAUCAAACACGAUAAAAUAAAACGAAUCGUCAAAGAUUCACCCGAUUAAAAAUCAAUCGACAGAGCAAAAAAAAAUAAUUAAAAUAUCCAGUGAUAAACUUGAUUAAUUUCAAUUAGAA